AACGAAAGCCAACUAAAACCUCAGGAAGUAUCACAUAUCUACUGUCUUUUCCCAUUAAAGUGUGUUUGUGUAGACCUGCAUUAAAGAGGGUGUGUUUAUGAAGUGCUACAACGUAGUAUUUAGUUCAUUUUAUCUUUAAAACUGACAACUGACUAAACCGGUUUCAGAUUGGGUUCAGUCGGUUGUGUGUAUUUUAGCGUGUACACUCAGAGAGACGGAUCUGCCAUGGCCAAUGGUGAAUGGUUUUACUCGAACAACUUCAACAGCAUGUUUAUCAGCAUGUCAGCACCUGAGACACCACUGAGCCUAAGAGCAAAACAUUAUGAGUGGAACCUGUUUGAUGGCAAAAGAUGGUUGGAGAUAAAUAACGAUUUUAUAAUCGAGUGUAACUACUGCCAGCCUGGAACAAAAGGGAUCACCAUUGACACACACUUAGGGUCUCUUUACAUUGACUUUGAUGCCAUGACAUUAAUAGGGCCUUAUGCCAACCUUGCUGUACGCCGACUAUCGACUAUGUCUCAUGACCAGAGAGAAGACAUGGGCUGGUUUUACAGAGACAACGGUUUCUGGUGUGAAUAUGGGGAGCAGGGAUCGAGUUGCAGCACAUCGUCGGUCAGCAGUCAGGACUUGGAGCUACAGUAUAACUACAACCCCAAAGGCUCCUACCAGUUUACAGCAGGAAAAACAUUGUACAUUUUGAAUUUCUCUGACAUGAUGCAAACGAACCUGUCCACUCACAAACAGAGGAAAGUGCGGCGCAGGCCAAAGUUUAUCUCCACAGUCUACAUAAACAACAGUCUGAACACUUUGGAACCAUCAACCUCCAGCAUAAAUACAUUUCCAUCAGCCACACAGACUGUAAAUCCACCCACUGCGGUUACCUGGCAGUUUAUGGAUGAGGAAGGCAUCUGGAAAGACUAUCAGAAACCAAAUUCCUCUCUGGACAGUAUGGAUAUAGAGAGACAGUAUCAGAGCAGUCCACAUGGCCAGCUUGAUUUCAGCGCUGGGUGGUACAGUUACACGCUCUCUUUCGAUGGAAUGUACCAAAUCAAUAAGACUUAUAAGACAACUAGAGCAGUUCGGAGAAUCGUUGCUAACGAGAGCAAAAGCAGCACUCUGUGCCAAGUUAUCUGGCAGUUUAAAGAUAUGGACAGCUGCUGGAAAGACUUCAUUAAAGGCACAGGAAGAGGGAAAUGUACUAUCUCAAGUCAGCAGAUUGAGAUGCAGUACCAGCAGAACAGGGCAGGAACUAUAAGAUUCAGCUCGGAUAAGUUCAACUACCAAAUCAACUUCUCAGACAUGACCCAGACAAACCUAUCCACUCUUACGAGGAGGGCGGUUCGCCGCGUCUAGCUUUAAAGGACCAGAUUCCUAGCUUUUCUCCGUAUUUAUUUAUUUAUUUCUAAAAACUUUAGCAUUUAUAUCAUCACCCUAGCUGUCGUUCUGUAUCUCUUGAGUUGUGUGACUAUUGGAUUGAGUUUCUAUAAAAGUAUACUGUAUAUUUCUAGUUCAGUUGAGCCAGACAUUCUAUUUGCACCCACUUUACAUAUUUUCUUAUAAACUUGGUGAAGAAUAGAGUCUGCUAUUAGUCAAGUUCACUGCCUUUUUUUUCUCAUGAACCGAAGUUUUGAAAAUGCUUUUGAAUGUUUUAAAGAAAACUCUCUGUAAUAUUCAAAUGCCAAAGUUUUACCUGCACUUUAAUUAACUUGAUUUAUACAGUCUUUUUUUAUUUUUUUGCAGUGGUCCUUUGGUACAAGAUUUAUAUCAAGUGAUAUUUUGGACACCAUAUGGGCAUUUUUUGCCUUCACUAACAGAUUUCAGACCACUUUAUAGCAAUUUUGCAAUUAAAGCUAUUAUAGCAAUUAAAGCUCAGAUGUAAUAAUUUGUAAAAUAUGAUAAAGGUUUUUCUCUUAAAAUUUACUUUUCCUUUCUGUCUUGUUCAGUCCAUUUUUAUAUUUCAAGUCACAAAUGGUAUUAUACUGCUUGUCAUGUCUGCUAAUGAUGUCACUUAUACCACUAUAGGAAUUGUUUUCAGUUACAUACCAAAAACAGACUAAUGGAGUGUGAAAUUCAAAAUUUGGGUUAGAGAAAUUAUGGGCUCUCUUGAACAUUGUUUGAACAAUCAGAUUAGUGGAAUUGAAUUUAUAUUUUAUGACAUUUGACAAGGGCUCUUAUCCAGAGCAACUUACAUUUAUCUGUUAUACAGCUGAGGGUUAAGGAUUUUGCUUAAGGACCCAGCAGUGGCAACUUGGCAGUGGUGGGAUUUGAACUCAUGACCUUCUGAUCAAAAGUCAAACAUCUUAUUAUCCACUUCUCUUAACGAAAGAGUCUGCACUUUUACAGACUUAACUAUAGAACAGCUGGUAAACACCUCUCUAGUUGAACUCUCUUUUCCUCUCUAGGACUUUCUGUUGUAGAAACAUAACCAGCCCCAUCAAACCAAGAGGAAUGGAGUGUCAUUAAGUCAGAUGUUUCCACAGAAUGCUGCAUAGCUAAAACAAGUAGAAUUUGAUCCCUACAUGUUAACCGGGAAGCCUCCACUGGAAAGUUUAGUUUUUUUUUUUCAUUACAUUUGCCUGAAAUACUUCAAAGAAAACGCUAUUGUAGGAAAAUAAUGUAAGUUGACGUGGAUGGGAUUUGACCUUGUUGGGUCGAUUGCAAAAUGAGUGCAUGUGCUGGUUACAGUGACAAUUUCAGAAAAAUCUAACAAAUACUUGAUUAUUCAUUCUUGAGAUAUCGUGCUAAUGAGAAUCUUGUCCAGGGGCAAUAAAAAAAUCCAUGUAGAAGCUCAGGUAGAAAGUUGUUCUGGAUAAAGGCGUCAACGAAAGUUGGCAUGUCAUUUGAAGCAGUGUAAAUCUGGUGGCUAUAAGCAAUAAUAUAAGCAGGUCAUUCCACUUCAAACUGCUUCUUCUAGCUUACCUUCUUCCCAAAGUGCAUCCUAGUGUCACCUCUUCACCAGGUAAGCAUUAUACACAGAUCAGGCGUAACAUUAUUACAUCAUAACAAUUAUGACUGGUGAAGUGAAUAAUACUGAUUAUCUCUUCAUCAUG